CAUCAACACAUCGGAUGCCACGCCCCAUACUCUGGAGCCUCCUCGUCGUACUCCUCGUCGCUACCGUCGCGGCAGAGAGCCCGGUGACGCCGGCGCCCUCCGCCUGCAAAGCCUGCGCCGCGUCCGGGCAGUGCGACCGCGCGUACAACGCGUCGGCCGGCAAGUUUUGCGGCCUCAUCCCGGCUCCGGACCAAUACUGCUGCUGCAGUACCGAGCACAUGUGCCCGCCAGUCGGCUCCUCCGCGUGCACGUGUGCGCCUGGGCCGGCGCCCGACUCUUCGUUCACCAAGACCCGCCAAGUAUUCGUGCUCAUCUUCCUUGGCUUCCUUCUCUUCGGCUGCAUCUUGCUCUGCGAACGCCUCGGACUCCCGCCAAGCGGCCGCCGACAAGGCUACGUCAGCAUCGAGUCGGCGCAUUAUCCCGGCUAAGAAGCUCCAUCUUAACUUACUAUCUGCUAACAACUCGAAGCGUACGUUCCACCUGC